AUGCCGGGUCUUGUUUCGGUGAAAACCCCACCCGAAGCUCAACCGCUCCGAAUCUCCGUACCAAACACUCCGACGCAGAGAUCCGAAGCCAACAACAGUAACACAAAAACCCCGUCUCCACUCCCAAGAAAACCACCAUCUCCAUCGCCGUCUCGUUCGGCCAAGAAAAAAACCCCCGAAACCCCUCCAAACCCGGUUCUCUCCGAUGCGUCUCUCGACAAUCCCGAUCUCGGGCCCUUCCUACUUAAACUUGCCCGCGACACCAUAGCCUCGGGCGACGGGCCAGCCAAGGCCCUCGACUUCGCCAUCCGAGCCUCCAAGUCCUUCGAGCGCUGCGCCGUCGAGGGCGAGCCCAGCCUCGACCUCGCCAUGAGCCUUCACGUCCUCGCCGCCAUCUACUGCAGCCUCGCCCGCUUCGAGGAAGCCGUCCCCGUCCUCGAACGCGCCAUCCAGGUCCCCGACGUCGCGCGUGGCGCCGAUCAUGCCCUCGCUGCCUUCUCCGGCUACAUGCAGCUCGGCGACACCUUCUCCAUGCUUGGCCAGGUUGACCGAUCCAUCUCCUGCUAUGACCAGGGCCUCCAGAUCCAGAUCCAAGCCCUGGGCGACACCGAUCCCCGCGUCGGUGAAACUUGCCGGUACGGUUUCGGUUUGUCAUGUUAA